CUAUCUAUGACUAAGACAGUCCCGGACCCGCUUUCACCACCCAGUCCCAUAGAGCGAAUGUUCUUCUUAACUGAUACGGGGAGACACGCACAGCUGUUUUGAAGUUCAUGACUCGAGUUUGCUGGGACUGCCACUUUGCACAGUGCUCUUCCCGGGAAAAUUGCAGACCCUAAAAUGAACUGGAAGCGAUUGGGAUAUGCUUUAAUCUUGGUGAACGUAGUGCUGUUAUUGUCUGUUGUGACUAUAGCACUAUGGACAGUGUAUUCCAACCUGGCACAGAAGCGGAGCUCGGAGGAAGUGGUGAUCGAAACCCUGGGACGGCAAGUUAAUCAGUCCCGCUCUGCAGACGCACGUGUUUUGUAUCAGGGAGACAUGGAAGUGUUCAAUCCCACUCGACCAGUCCUCCACCAAGGCUUCAUGAUACACCGCUCGUCUAGUGGCAGCAGCAUUGUCAAGGUGGACAUUGGUGCUCCUCAAGAAGCGAUGACCUCCUUUCUCCAGGGUUUCCAGUUGGAUAAUGGCGACGUUUACGUGCCUUUAUCCGGCUACUACCUCUUCCACAUGGACGUGACCUACUUCUUCCGGGGUCACGUCGACGGCUCACAGGUCAACGUGUACGUGACGUGCACCCGGUCCGACUCAAAGGAAGUUCUUGUAAAGAUAACACAAUGGUGUCGGAUAGGGAGAUAUUGUUCUGUUACAUUCCAUGGCAUUUCGUUUCUGUCUCAGGGUCACAUUGUUUACUGCGAAGCCAGCCAUGUCAAUGACAUGAUCACAGCCAUUGAGAAUACUCACAUCAGUCUUGCAUUAUAUUGAAUAUGCUUGUUUUUGGCAUAGCGCUUUUACAUUUGUUUUCCUCAUUUAUCUGAGCCAGUUUAAGCUAUUAAAGAGGCAUUACUGAUUU